AGCAGUUGGCUGUAAUAUGACCCCCGCUAAACAUGCAGGACUCUAGGCUAACGCUGCUGUCCAGCGUCAGUGUAUCCCGUCACAAAGGCUGAUUGAACUCGGCAAGAUGGCGGUGGAAGUGGUGCAGGACAAAGGUAGGAAGGGGGGAAGACGACAUCGACGGCAUGAAGAAGCAACUUUGGAGGACCAAGUCGACUCGUACUUCCGUUCCAUCAACCCGAUGGCCAGGAGAAUCAUCGAUGAGAUCCAUAAAGUCAAACACAGACACCGCAAGGAAUGGAACAACCUCAGCGCCAGGGAACAAGACGAUGUCAUCAACGACUGGUUCGUGCCACCUGAAGUAAAAGCUGUCUACAAGGACCAUCCAAAAUAUCCCGACCACGAUUUACCGCCAUACUACCCCAGGCUCAUAUUACCUGCAGGGGAAAAGAUCGUGCACGAUCCUGACGACGGGUCUAACAGCAAAUCCUCGGGUGUCACAUGGCUGGAUGAACACUCUGGACCCUUUCACUGGGAAACAAAGAGCCAACAAGAACUACAUCUUCCCCAUGCCAUUGACAGUCAGGAAGCAGGUACCACACCAGCUAAAGACAAAAAAGGCCGGCCUUUGAAAGUCGGACAGAAAGACUCACCACGUCGGGCCAGGCCAGACAAACGUCAGGACUCCAGAGAUGACAAAGAGAACAGCAGCGGCCUUUUUGGUGGGAUGUGGGAGGGGACGCCUCACAUGUUACGAGUGACAGCAGAGGCACACAGCCCUGCUGUACCCAAACGGGACCAUCUGGAUCUGGACUUUGAGCAGGAAAAGUUGACACCCAGCCAGGUGAAGGCUAAGGAAAAGGCCAAGAGGGAGGCUGAGAGACAGAGGCUGGCAGGGGCAGAGACGGCUCCAUCAAAUGGGAAAGGAAAAGUCCAAGGAGCAGAGGCAUUUCCGUCCAAUGGAAGAGGAAAGCUGCUUGGUGCAGAAGCAGCUCCACCCUUCACCAAUGGGAAAGGCAGUCGCCCAGAUACCCCCCGCUCUAAGGGUCCGAGUUCAGACUCACCCCGGUCGUUUACCGAGUCUCCGGGCAGUCUGAGUCCUGCGGAUGAGAGGAUGAACCUGCAGGAUGAGUUGUCUGCCCUGCUGGCCAGGCAGAAGGAGAAGGCAGAGGCCUCACCCCCACCCCCCACAACCAAGGAUGAGGUGGACCUGGCCCCACUAGGAGAGUUCACCCCCUUACUCACAUUCUCCACUGCUGAGACUGACAGCCAGGGUGAGGGAGAAACAUCAAUUAAGAAGACUGGCUUUGACUUUCUGGACAACUGGUAAAUGAAGGGUCAGCAUCACCACACACUCCAGCUCCAUCCAUGACUUACUGCUGGGGAGUUUUUAACAAGUCUGAGCAAUUGAAUGGUAGAACCUAAGAUAUCUCUGACAAGUCUACCCUCUACCAAAAAUACUGUAACAAGUAUGACAUAUUUGAGUUGCCGCUUUUGUACCCUUAAUUGUCAAGUUUUUUAUUGUCUAACGGUGCUUCAAAGGUUUUUAAUAAGAUACUACUGUCUCUUUGAGUGUAGCUCUAGCACUAACUUGCAAGAACAAUGGUGCCUUGACACAAUGUUGCACUUUUU